AUGGCUACUGUUCUUAUUCAUCCAGAUAUACCAGAGUCACGACCAGCAAGACCGUUAACAAUACACGUUAUUGCUGAUAAGUUCAGAGAUAUUGUUACCAUAUCCGAUCCGAAUCAACGUUUUUAUAAGCCAAUUUUUACUAUUAUUAUUAGUAUAAUUAAUAUACUUUUACUCAUCGUUGCUUUUAUUUAUAAUGGUGGUAUUAAUUUAACAACAUUAACUUUAAUUCGAAUGGGUGGACAGUUUGUACCAUGUAUGAAACCAGCUGCUACAAAAAUUCGAUUAAUGGACGUUGUAUGUACUCGUGGAGAAGGCAAAGAGUGGCCAUUGUACGAUAAAUGUACUUAUGAUCAGUUUUUAAAAUAUCGAUGUUAUUCAUUUCUCUAUCCAUAUCAAUUGUAUCGAUUUCUAACCGCAAUGUUCUUACACGCCAACAUGCUUCAUUUGAUACUUAAUGUAUUAAACAUCAUGAUAGUUGGUUUUAGUUUAGAAACAAAGUAUGGUACAGUUAAAAUUAGUCUCGUUUAUAUUUUGUCCGGUUUAACUGGUGGACUAUUAAGUGCCGUAUUUCAACGUCAGAGUAUAUCAGUCGGUGCAUCGGGUGCAUGUUAUGGUCUCGUUUUCUUUUAUCUAAUGGAUCGUCUUCAAGCACUUUAUACUCUUGAUCGUCGUCAAAUUCUAAUACAAAUUGCUUCACUCGUCGUACCCUAUAUAAUCAUUAGUAUUUUUGUUGAUAUUGAUCAUUUUGGACAUAUUGGUGGCGCCUUGACAGGCUUUUUGAUUGGUCUUAUGAUAUGUGGAUGUCCAAUACCAGCCGUACAAGCUCGAAUAGACGAGCUUCGGUUAAAACAAUUAGCAUUAUUAUUACUCAUUAUAAUCAACUUAUUAUUUAUACUUAUAUUCUUUUUUACUAAAGCACCUCGUCUCAGUUCAGUCAAUGAAUUUCAAAAUGUCCAAAGUUCUAUCGACAACAUUUUAAACAGUUAUCCAAUUAAACCUGUGAGAAUUGAAGUUAACGGUACAAGACAAGAUUAA